CUCGUCGUAGACAAAGAUCGACAACCUGAAGGAAAAUGCACAAAAAUGUCAUGUAUUCACGGCCAUUGUUCUAACACAAAUGGCUCAGAAAUUUGUCAUUGUGAUAAGGGUUUCAAAUAUAACGGACAAGCUUGCAAAGAUAAUGAUGAAUGUUUGUCAUCCCCAUGUAAUCCAGCCUUUUCAAUCUCGUGCAACAACACCCCAGGUUCUUACAAAUGUAUAUGUAAAAAAGGUUUCUAUUCCAAUGGAACGACAUGUCUUGAUAUUAAUGAAUGCCAAUCACAUCCGUAUUGUGGCUGUAAUUUAAAUCGAGAAAAAUGCGUCAACAUGGAAGGAUCUUGCAAAUGUGCUUGCGCUGAAGAGAUUCCUUCAAGUGAAACUGAAUGUAUUCCGAUAAAAUUUAUGGAUCGCUAA